UCAGCAUACAGCUGUUGUUUACUUUUAUUUUUCUGGUUGUAUUUUCCAAGUGCGUUGGGUAAAAGUAAAUCUUUCUGCGUACUUAUAGAAAGUAUUUACACCCAAAUUUUUUCCCAAUCUGAUGCGUGUACACUUGAAAAAGGAUUCACCAUUGAAAACUUUAUUUGAUUUUUAUUUCAGACGUGAAUUUUGAAAUCAAAAUGACAACUAUAGCGAAUUUGGUACCGAGAGUGAUACAGCCAAUUACUGCUUGUUUAAAAAAACCUGAGAGCAACAAAACUUCUGAAGAAGAAAAAAGUGGUACUGGUGAACCAACAGCGACAGAAGAGAAUAAUUUAAAAAGUAUGGAAUCUGAAGCGCCACAGUCUGGUUUGAUUUGGCGAGUGUCAUCAGGACUGUUCAGCCUUGGGUCUGGAGCAGUUGGACUGGGCGUCGGAUCAGUAAAAUGGGCUGCGUCUACAACCUACACUGUUGGUACUGGCGUGGUAUCUGCUACACAAUCGGUUGUGGGCAAAGUUAUACCAUCAACAUCACCUAAACCAAAAAAGGAGUAG